AGUGAUGGGCACUGCAGGGCUGUGGAUGUGAUAUCAUACUCUCUAGCCACAACAGGAGCACAGCAAUGACUUGGAUGUUUCUCUGAGGGGAACUUCUGCUCAGUUUGUUCAUGCUCCAAAGACAGGCUGGGUAGGUGAGUGCAUUUUGUCUUUUUGCACAAUUCUGCAACCAAAAAUUAAGAAUGCUUUAUGCCUGGUGUGUUUGCUGUGUAUUUUUCUUAUACUGCAUGGAAGAUGCAACUGGUUUGUGUGUAUUCAUACAUAAAGCCAUUCAUACAAACUCUAAAAAUACUCCUCGACUUACAAAAACUGAAUCUGACAAGCAGUCAAGAAUUCAUUUAUAUACACUUCCCCCUCUUUAUCUUUCCUCCCCCUCAGGCCUGGCCACAGGGAAAGAUGAGAAGAGGAGACUCACCACUGAGAAAGCAGAAGUCAAGUCCUUGCUUGGGAAAGAGUGAGCCUUUUUCUCUGCUUUCCUCUCAUUCCUUUACUUAAAUAGCCCUCUCUCAUCUUGUUGACCUCUCCCUCAGAUAUGACUUUGACAGCGAGAGCCAUCUUGGGGGGUUCAGCCAAUAAAAGCAGUGAAGUGUGUGAGAACAGGCUGAAAAAAAGGAGACAAGAUAAAGGCGGCAGGAUGUGGAGAGCUGCUUUGAGAUUGGAUGAUGAGUGCUAGAGUAAUGGCCUCAGAAGCCUCCUGUGGGAUUCACACAGUGAAUGGGAAAUAAUGAAUGAUGAUGCUCAUUCUCCAGAGUAGCUGUCGCGAUGAUAUACAGGCAACUUCAUUUUUCCACAUUACAGUACAUUUCAGCAGACUCACUCUCAAAUUCAAAUACACCCACAUUGCACAUCCAGAGUGAACACCAUUACAGCUCUCCCCACAUUAGUGUCUAAUGGAGAGCUUCAUAAGUCAUCUGAUCUGUUGAGUCCUAAAGCUAAGACACUGAUCAAUAAAGAAAAAGACUGCAGUUAUGACGAGUGGGAUUUUUUGUUGUUGAAAGAGGCGCUCAGAAAAGAAAGAAAAUCAGGGUUGAUGGGGUAAGAAUCAAGAGGCACCUAACGGCCCUAAAACUGCGAAGUUACCAUUGAUUUGUGAUUAAAAUCAUAUGUUAACCCGACCAAAUGUUGGGAAUUUACCCUUAUGGGACUAAUAAAGGAGUAUCUUAUCUCGUAAAAAAACAAUAAAACAAUGAGCUCUAAAACUCUAAAACAAUGAAUAACUGUCUGCAGGACAAAGUAUGCAGAAAUGCAGCAUUAGCAUGAGCCGUCUUGUAAUUCGACUUCCUUGGCCUGUGCAUGAAAAUCAGAUAUGAACAAAUGUCUCAUAGUUUAGUGUUAUUGUUGAAGUAAAUUUGUGUAUCUAUGUGUGUUUAAAUAUCUAAAUAUUUAUGCACCCUGUCUAUGAGGAGAGACCAGCCACUGAUGGAAAUCAGGUGUUUGAAUGGCUCAAGAAUUUUUAUUAUUUCUUUGGUUGAGUAAAAUCUAGGGGGCAGGUCCCUACUGUUUUUAACACAAGCUCCGUAUAAGUGACAAAAAAAAGGACAAAACAACUUUGGAUAACUUUCCAUCGUUGCAGAUUGUCUAUUUUUUUCAGUUAUGCAAGUAACUAAGAUGGAAAUUUGAAAUAAAAACAGUUGUCACAACAUUCUGCGAAUUCUUCGGAUUUCAAGACAAAACAAAAACAUACUAUUACUCACUCCCAUCAAGUAUUUUUAAUUCAAGACUCUUUCAGGGAAAUGCCAAACUACAAAUUCAUUCAGACCUGGUGAUAUUGCCUGCAGGAGUGGUAAGAACAGUGCUUUUAUUUAUUUAUCAUGUUGGUUAAACAGCUCCAGAAUCUUAUUUGUUAAAGCCAUCUUGAGGAAAUUGAAGUUUGCAUCAAUUUUGGCGCCCUCCUCUGGGCAAAGAUGGACAUCUUGUAAUUUUGCUAAUCCUGUCGGGUAAGAUAAGUUUCUCAUUAUGAGCAAUUGUUGUUGGAAAUGUAUAAAAAGGCUUUUUUUCUGCAGCUGUCUGACCACCACCCUCUUGUGUCCUUUUGUAGCUCAGAAAACAUCUGUAUGAAUUUCAGGCUGUUUCAUAACGAAUUGAAAAAUCAUCACAGGAGCUUUAAUGGAGAUCGUUGUUAAAAGACACUGCCUUAUGAGUGUGCUCUGCAUUCAUAUUGUAAUUUCUCCUCUUGCUUGGUUAUAAAUAACAGCAUUUAACACAUAAAUAAAAAAAAAAGCAUGUCUCGUUUAGUCAACUGAACUUUAAACAUAUCUGAGUGAGAAUAUUAGUGAAUAGGUAGCCUGAAAAUCUGUUAUUUUAAAAGGUACAACAACCCAUGAUCAGAACCCAGAUUAAAAUAUUGCUAAUAAGAGUGAAAAUAGUAUAAAUGCCUGGAGAGAUCUCAGACUUACUGCCUGUUUCAGAUAGCCUAUCUAAGAAGCUGAUUCAAGCAGCCUGAGGCUUUCAGAAUAAAAAGUAGAACCCCUUAUUACCUGGUCUGACUCCUUGGCCACAGAAGUCCUGAUGAGCCUCCAGGUUUUUGCACUUGGUGUGAGUGUACCUGAGAAAGAGAGACACAAAGAAAGAAAGAGAGAUAAAUACUAGAUAUCAUACUGUGUUUACCCUGAGUGCGGCUGUCUCUUUGCUGAAACCAUGCUUUGACAUAUUGUCAAGAUUAGAAGCACUGUCAACACGGUGACACUGGCUCCUCAAAAUAGAGAGAGUGAUCAGGGGGAACAAAACAGUAGGUGUGUGUCACCCUCAAAUCAUAGUUUGACUGAGACUGACCAGGAUAGAUACAGUUAGAAAUGAAUCUGACAACAACCAUGGAUAUGAGCGGCACUGAAGGUAAGAACAAAAACUGAUAAAGGCGCUUAAAUGUCAUGAAAAAGUAAAACCUAAUACAUGUAAUGGCUGUAGAGACUUUACUAGAUUAGUACAGGUCUGCUGUCAGACUAGAGUUUAUAAGACUAAGGUAGCAUGUGUUGAGUCCACUCUGCUGUUUCUAUGACGCAGCCAUGACAGGAUUUACACAAUCUAAAAAAAAAGAAUGAAAUAGAAUAACUCAUGUUCUUUGGCUUUUAGUGACAUCUAAAAAUAUAUAUCCUGGUACAUACCAGCCCAGCUGAUAAUCCACAACAAGAUGUCUGUCUUUACAUUUCAACUUCACUCUUCUCUUAUUCUUCUCAAGCUGUUAGUCGGAUUGUAAACAAUGCAGUGCACUGAAAAAGAAGGCACUGGUCAUUGCAGGGGAUAGCUUAAAAGGAAACCCUAAAACUAGGCAGAUGUUAGAGACGAUAACUAGACCGUGGAUCUAGUUUGGAUAUUUGAAGAGAAAGACUUUUUUAAUGUUUGAAGUAAUUUGUUUGCUCUAGCAUACGCAUAUUUGUAUGCAUACAAACACAAUGCUAUUUGUCUGUGUUUAUCUGUGAGCAUGAUGGAGUACGAAGGUGUAGUUCUUGUUUCAAUGAAAGUAUUACAGGUUUUAUCAGAGUAAAUAAUUAAUGAGGUCAUUAUAUUCUCAGCAUACAGCUUUGAGAGUCUAUUAUUUCAGUGUUGGCUUGUGGUUCCACAAAGCCUCACAUCAGCAGAGAGACACUGUUGUUGUUUGUCUGGAAUGAUGAGAGACCUUAAAGCCCCUUAUCUGAGAGAUUAGCUUGCUCAUAUUGUAUAGCAGUAUGCAACAUGGUUUCUCUUUGUUGUUUGACAUCCUGAUGACCAAAACCUGUAACACUAGAAACAUCAGCAAGACACUGUCGACUGCACCAGGUUAUCCACCUUCAGAAUGGACAGUUGUCUGUUUCUCAUAGGUCUUAUUCUGACUGUAAACAAAAUUAAUAUCUAGAUUGAGUUGUAAAAAGUGUAUUAUUAUAAACCAAUCUUGACAAAGGAGUCAUGACUAUGUGAAAAUAUAAAAAAUAUGGUUACCAGCCCUGCCUGGAUAAGUAUCUUUCUCAUUUUUAUUCAUGUUGCAGGUCGCAUGACAUGAUAAGAUGCAUGAUUCUUCAAGGAGAUCCUGUAGGAUAUAAACAAAUGCAGUAGUUUAAUGUAAUUUUCACAUACAUGAGUUCUUCACAUAUAGCUCUACAGGUGGUGUUAUUGCACAGCACCAAACCCUCAUACAGACAGAUAAGUUUGUUUACAAAACAGAGCAACUGGUCAGAGCAAGUGAAGUUCUCAUGAAGAUGAUACUCGGUCUUUGUAUGCUGUGACAACACGUCCCUGCCACAGGUCUUCUUCACUGUAUCGUCUUCUUUCUCGCAGACAUGCCUCGACAGUUCCCAAAGGUAACUCUGAGUGAGGAAGAAAAAGAGACACAGCUGCGAGCCGAGAAGGUUUAUGCAUCAGCGUUGAAGGAAGAAGACAAUAAGAAUGCCUUGUCGAUGUUCACCGUGCCGGAGGACUGCCCGAUCGGCCUCCAGCAAGCCAAGGAGCAUGAGCUGCUUAAGGAGCUGGCAGAGCAGAAGUCAGAGGAGAGCACCAAGAGGUAGGCCCUGUUUCAGGAACAUCGUUUCAAGACGUGGAAGGAAAGUAUGUGUGCUCAUAAUGAUCAAAUUACUAUUUACAGGAGGAAAAGCUUGAAGAUGAUUCGAUCCCAAUCGAUGUCCCUGCAGAUUCCAGUCAAUUCAGAUUGGGCACGAUCAGUGUCACCAUUCAUGUCCCCGAGCCCCACCUGCUCCUUAAUGCCGGAGAACUGCCCUGACUACCAGAGAGUCACUAUAAGUGGUGAUUACUGUGCUGGUGUAAGUAACCUGAGCUGGAGCAGUCAUUCUCAAAUUUAAGACUAUACUCUGGGAAAUGCUCUCAUUAUAAACCAGUGAUUUUCAAGUGUUUUCACAGCCUCAUGGUGUGUCCCAAAGAUACUACAGGUGGGCUGCUGGAAGUCUUCUGCAACACAAAUAUUUCGGUGUGCAUUUUAGUUGGAAAACUGUCACAUUCAUAUUGACCUUUUCUGUUUAGAAAAUGAAAAAUGUUUUUAAAAUGCUUAAAAAGUGAGCCAAAGGAGUUAUGUUAAAAGGAUAUUCCGGCGUAAGUUAAUUUAGGGUCAAACACACCGUAACACAGAGUUAGACACCCCCUUGAGAGAUGAGUGUUGCCGACCGCUUGCUUCUCUAGUUAUACCAACUUUAGUAACAACCACACGAUAGCAAUGCACAGCGAUCUGAGGAGCCAUAAACAAACCUCAACCAAAACGCCUCUCUAUAGCCACAAAUAAUGCUCAGAACAGCACCUAACUUCAUCAACAGUACAUAUAGAGUCCCAGCCAUAGUACUAGCCACCAAACAUCUUUUUAACUUUGCCUAAUUUCUUUAGCAAAGAGACUAAACACAACUCACCUACUCUCUUCCAGCAGCCGCUUGUUUGUAGCGAGACCUCAGGCCAGUCCAUUACAGACUGCGGUGGGUUGACGCAGCUCAAGGAAGAACAUUUAUGAUCAUUUCUACAUGGAAAUGUAAUCCGACCGAGAUGCUAAGACAGAAGAACUACUGCGUCUGCUGCGCAAAAUGAUUAAUAUGAUGAUUAUUGUUUAAGGAAAUGAUAAAGAAAUGAUACAGUAUAAAUACAGUCUAUGAGUUUGACCCUAAUUAAUUUUACGCUGGAAUAUCCCUUUCAUGAGAUUUUUAAAAGACAGGUAUAAAAUAAAGACAAAUAAAAAUCAUAUUCGUAUACUUUAAAUGACAGCCCACCUGUAGUAUGCUCAGGACCCAGUAUGGGACUGCAAAUUUCAUUUUAUAUUUAAAGAUGGGCAAUUACAUGUUGUUUCCAUUCAGAUCACUGUGGAGGACUACGCACAAGCAGCCAAAAGUCUGUUUAAGGCUCUUCUUAUCCGUGAAAAAUACUCAAAGCUAGCAUAUCACAGAUUCUUCAGAACUACGGCCCAGUUCCUCCGCAGUGCUGAGAACUCAAGAUGGAGUGAAGAUGAUGAGGUUAUUCCAGGUUUGCAUUACACGGUUUUAAAAGCUACACUCUCUGAGAUCUGAUCCAGGUCCACAUGACAGUAACAGAGCAAUGUUGUGGCCUCCAGAUAUGUGUCCACAUCCAAAAGAAGGAGAGGAUCCGUACAGUAUGGAGAGCAUCCCUGAGAACUUGAACUACAAGCUGAAGAUGAAAGAUGGGAUAGUGAACGUGUAUGAUAGCGCUGAGGCACUGAAAGAAAACAAAUCCCACGACCUUCCGUACCCAGACUUGGAGACCUUUGCUAUCGACCUCAGUCAUGUGCUGGCAAUGAUUGCAGAUGGACCUACGUGAGUUUCCUAGAACCAAAAAGCCACCACUUUCAUUCUGCUUGAACAAACAAUCCUGAUUGUAAGACUAGUUGCUGUCCUUAAAUCCUCAUAUUCACAUAGCAACCAUCUUCCUCUGACAUCACCCACAGAGUGUAGCUCUGCUGGUACAGUGUUUUAGGGCUUUCUUUAUGGUUUGAACGUCAAAUUACUUUCGGUUAGGGAUGUCUGGAUACAAUAUUAAUACUGGAUAUCGGUCCAAUAUCAGUGAAAAAUCGAAUAUCGGAUUAUAUCGGCCUCCAUCUAAAAUCUCCGAUAUUAGCACUCCGAUACAAGCAGUCCAUUCCAGACUCCACAUCUACGAAAGUUAUUUUAGCGCUUGCGCUAUACUCGGACAAGGCAAGCGCUGAAAUAACUUUUGUAGAUGAAACCAUCUUGUUUCCGCCUCCGAUUUUGUUUUUUUCCGACUUGGUAACUAAAACGCUGGGAGCUCGGGUGUGACGUCAUUUUCAGCUCGGACUUCUGACUUCCGAGGUAACUCGAAGCAGCAGAAGGUACGAACAACGUACUAAGGAGUAGGAGUGACGUUUGCCCUGUGGCAGUAUUUUUCAUUAAAGUCCGAAAAAGACGUUGCAGCUGAGUGCAAAACUUCUUAUGCACAAGUUUGUGCCAAUAUCAGAUCAGUAUAUCUGAUCGGUAUCGGCCAGUACUGAAGGCUACAAUAUCGGUACUGUAUCGGAGGUAAAAACAAGUUGUAUUGCGGCACCCCUACUUUCAGUUACCCAAAUAUUAGCAUUAACUUUAGCAUUCCAUGACAAAAUGACUCAGUUAUAUCCAAGGACUACAAACAGAAAGCAGAGAACACCAGCAUUUAGUCAUUCCUUGGCUAAUUUAUCUGCUAUCUUGGUGUUAACCAAAUGUCUCUGCUAGGUUUCCCUCUUAUCAUCCUGCACCAUGCAAGAGCAAAAAAUUCUACUUGCUGUUGGUAAUUUUAGGGUGAGGAAGUUAAACAGUAACUUAUGUUUUAUGCUAGCUAAUGGAUAAACAGCUAUUAGCUAGCUGAGAUGUCUGUUAAUUCCUGUCUUGUUAAAUCUUAUGGUCAUUUACGCUUAGAAUAACUGAAUUUCACUUUUUUCCCACAGAAAGACCUACUGUCACAGACGACUUAACUUCUUGAGUUCGAAGUUCUACCUCCAUGAGAUGCUCAAUGAGAUGGCUGAGCUAAAAGAACUGAAAUGUGUUCCCCACAGAGACUUCUACAAUGUUAGAAAGGUUAGUUUUCAUUCUCACUUGUUGUGAGCUCUAUUUUAACCAUAGACUGUAUAUACUAUGGACAAAUUGGUUCCGCUUUCCGCCAGUAUGUGGACAUGAAGCCGAAAAGCUCUCGGUAAUUGUGCAUUUUUUCUCCACUUCCUGAAACCAACAUUGCGCAGUAGCAUUGUACGCAUUUGGCGGGAGAGUCACCAAGAGUCACUGUGAUGACCCUCGGCUCAAACAGUGUGUCCCCUGGGUGAGCUACGCAAUCUUUGUACACCCAUUGGCUGUAUCAAGUGUCAAUCACAGAAAAUAUGAACCCCCUAAUAACUUUUAAAAAUGGAGCUGUGCAGAAAAAAGAGGAUUUGAACACAAACCAGUCUUAAAAUAACUACAUGUCAACAUUGCAACCAGGGGGGAGAAACAUUUAUGUUCUGUGUAAUUAAUUUCUAAAGUUUGUCCACAACUCCAUUAAGAGUGCUGGAGGAGGCGGGAUUUAUGACCUAUACUGCAGCCUGUCACCAGAGGGUGCUGUUCUCGAGGUGGCUGAACCCAGCGAGGAGGCAGUAGACGUCCAUUCUAUAUACAGUCUAUGAUUUUAACCAAAAAUAUCUCUCUAACUACAUUACCUACUUUACUGUGCAGAUAACAUUUUAACCAAGUGUGUUUCUGUAAAUGUUUAGUUCAUCCAGUAUACUCAACCUUAACAUGGUAUGUGUCACUCAGGUGGACACGCACAUCCACGCAGCUGCCUGCAUGUCUCAAAAACACCUGCUGACCUUCAUUCAGACGACAUAUGAGACUGAUGCUAACCGUGUGGUGUUGGAGAAGAUGGGGCAGAAGAUGACUCUGCAGCAGGUUUUUCACAGUCUCAAUAAGGACCCCUAUGACCUCACUGUGGACUCUCUGGACGUACACGCUGUAAGAACAGCAGAGAUCAUGAAUAUUAAUUGUUUAUCAUGAAAGCACGAACACUUGUGUCUCUCUAGACUUAACACUCUGUCCUAUUAUCAUUAUUUCUUACAGGGGAGACAAACUUUUCACAGAUUUGACAAAUUCAAUUCAAAGUAUAACCCGGUGGGAGCCAGCGAACUCAGAGAGAUCUUCCUCAAGACAGACAACCUAAUUAAUGGAGAGUAUUUUGCCCGCAUCAUAAAGGUAUCAUUUCAUAAAACCACAUAUUUUAAGUCAGAGGAGACUGGAAUGCGGCGAAGUACUCUUUUGUACUUUUGAUCUUUAACAGGAAGUGGCUCAUGACCUGGAGGAAAGUAAGUACCAGCAUGCAGAGCCUCGACUCUCCAUCUAUGGACGCUCCCCUGAAGAGUGGGACAGCCUGUCAAAGUGGUUCAUUCAACACAAAGUUUACUCUCCCAACAUGAGGUGGAUCAUUCAGGUCCCAAGGAUAUAGUGAGUCCAACACUCUCGACGAAGAACCACCACAUUUCUAUUUCUUAUCGUAGAAGCUCUGAAAGACAAAAGACAAUAUUCUUAUGUGUUUCAGUGACAUUUUCAAGUCCAAGAAGCUGGUAGACAAUUUCGCCAAAAUGCUGGAGAACAUAUUCAUGCCUCUGUUUGAGGCCACUGUGAACCCCCAGAAUCACAAAGAACUUCAUGUCUUCCUCAAAUAUGUAAGAUUUCGUUUUCAUUAAACUGUAACCCAAUUUAACAAAAUUCACCAACACACAAAUAUAAUAAGAAAUCCUUAUUGAUUGUGCAUAAAUCUGCAGUUCUUUAGAGCUAAAUAACCUUUUGAAAAAUAUAUUGCAUAGUGACUGUUGUUUAAAUACAACUUAAUCAAUAACAUAAAUUAGGGCACGACUUAUUAAAUCCUGGUUUCAUUUCAGGAGUAAAUAAAAGAAAGUGGUAACAGUUGUGAGACAUAAUUACAACAACAAUUUAUCACUCGUACUGACUUAAUUAACUUAUUUAUGCUGUUAAUGUCGUGUUUUUGUGUGCAGGUAUCAGGCUUUGACAGUGUGGAUGACGAGUCCAAACACAGCGAUCACAUGUUCUCCUUCAGAAGCCCAAAGCCGGAGCAGUGGACUGCAGACGACAACCCUCCUUACAGCUACUAUGUCUUCCACAUGUAUGCAAACAUCAUGGUCCUCAACAACCUCAGGAAGUAAGAUCUAAAGCUGUCCUUCUAUUUUAAAACAGGAGCACUGUCAUUGAACAAUGUAAAAACUUACUAAAUAAUUGAUGUGAUUUAUUGACUUGUUUGUUUGUGUCCCCGAUAGAGAACGCGGUCUGAGCACCUUCCAGUUCCGCCCCCACUGUGGAGAAGCUGGAUCCAUCACACACCUGGUCUCUGCCUUCCUGACGUCUGAUAAUAUCUCACAUGGACUCAACUUAAAAAAGGUACCGAGAACUAUUGAAAAGAUUGUAUUUUAACCUUUUAUUUGGAUAUUAUUACGUUAUUCUAUUUAAGGCAUGUGUAUAUUGUUCUUCAUUCACUUGUCUUAUUCUUAUUGAUUUUAUUGUAUUUUACUGGACUGUUAUGACAAUUUAAUUUCCCUUUUGGGAUGAAUAAAGUCAUCCAUCCAUCCAUCCACCGAUCUAUCUAUCUAUCUAUCUAUCUAUCUAUCUAUCUAUCUAUCUAUCUAUCUAUCUAUCUAUCUAUCUAUCUAUCUAUCUAUCUAUCUAUCUAUCUAUCUAUCUAUCUAUCUAUCUAUCUAUCUAUCUAUCUAAAGGGUUGCCAUAAGCAGACCUGGAACCACAAAAGCAGCCUGUGGUUUUCCCCAUAAUUCUUCACUUUAACCAAAAAGUACAUAGACAAAAAUAAAAUGAACUUUCUUGAAGUAAGCAAAAGGAGCAGUCAGGAUAAGUGCUGUAGCUUAGAGAGGACAGUAGAAGUGUUGAAUCCCUGGGGGUCAGACUGUAUUUAGGUUUUUGUUCAAUAAAAACAGCAGGACUAUUUUGUACCUUUGAAUUCAAAAGCACCAGAAUGUAAAUCUAUAAAGUGUCAGCGGAGGUCUCGGGAGGUCUAAUGCUAGAAAAUUAACAUCUGAGAAUAAACAAUUCUCUUCUUGUGCGACAAAGAGGAGCUGCAAAAUUAACACAGCUCACUAUAAAGAUUACAGAGGAUACAACUUCCACUUAUUUUUACACGGCACACGACAUACAGAUACCUCAAAACUAAGAACUGUUUACUGAAUGUGUCUGGCUGCAAGAUUAGUGUUCAUUUUCUUAUCCCUCAAAUUUCCCUCAGAGUCCUGUACUGCAGUACCUCUACUACCUGGCCCAGGUACCAAUUGCAAUGUCUCCACUCAGCAACAACAGUCUGUUUCUGGAGUACUCCAAAAAUCCACUCAGAGAGUUUCUGCACAAAGGCUUGUGUGUGUCCUUGUCCACAGAUGAUCCCAUGCAGUUCCACUACACCAAGGUAAACAUGUACGACUGGAGAAAUAGUGUUUACUAUACUUCUAAAAGUAUAAAUAUAUGUCUGACUCUGUUUGUGUCCUUAUUCUAGGAACCAUUGAUGGAAGAGUAUGCUAUAGCGGCUCAGCUGUGGAAGCUCAGCACCUGUGACGUGUGUGAAAUAGCCAGGAACAGUGUGUUGCAGAGUGGCCUAUCUCACCAGGUAUAGAAACACAUUCACUCCCUUCACUCUGUCAUUUUAGACUCAGCAAAAUCUCCCUCUACACUGAAUCUCAUCUGUCUGCCUGCUUUGCCGUUUGUUUGUAGGAUAAGAAGCACUUCUUGGGAGUGAACUAUCUGAAAGAUGGACCUGACGGAAACGACAUCCGCCGCAGCAAUGUAGCUCAGAUCCGCAUGGCUUAUAGACACGAGACGCUGUGUAACGAACUCAGCUUCAUAGUGGACGCUGUCAAGUCUGAAGCCAUAGACAUACUAUGUGAAUAAAUCUAAAUAUCAGGCAUGCUGAGCUCCACCAUUUAAGCUUUAUUUCAAAGGUGUCAGGACUGAAGUGACUGUGAUGGUUUCAAUGAAAAGCACAUAACUCUGCUAGUUCAAUAAAUGCCUGCUAUGCAAUA